UAAGUACUUGACAUAAAAGAUAAAAAUGGGAGACAAUUUCCAAAACAACAAACCAAUGGCGCCGGUGAUGAUGGACUAUGAUUUUAAAAUAAAAACACAGAACGAGAGAUCCAAAGUGGAAGAUUUGUUCGACUACGAAGGCUGUAAGGUUGGCCGGGGUACUUACGGCCAUGUGUAUAAGGCGAGGAGAAAAGAUGGCUCUGAUACAAAAGAUUAUGCUCUAAAACAAAUAGAAGGAACUGGUCUUUCGAUGUCCGCAUGUAGAGAAAUAGCAUUACUAAGAGAGCUCAAACAUCCCAAUGUGAUAAAUCUAAUAAGAGUAUUUCUCUCUCAUACGGACCGUAAAGUCUGGCUGCUUUUUGACUAUGCGGAACACGAUUUGUGGCAUAUAAUAAAGUUCCACAGAGCUGCGAAGGCCAACAAGAAAUCUGUGAUGGUACCCAAAGGAAUGGUCAAGAGUCUUCUCUAUCAGAUAUUGGAUGGGAUUCAUUAUUUGCAUUCAAAUUGGGUUUUGCAUAGAGAUUUGAAACCUGCAAAUAUCCUUGUAAUGGGUGAAGGUCCAGAACGAGGAAGAGUCAAAAUUGCUGACAUGGGAUUUGCAAGACUGUUUAAUGCUCCACUGAAACCACUGGCUGAUUUGGACCCAGUGGUGGUCACAUUCUGGUACAGGGCACCAGAACUGCUCCUCGGUGCUAGGCAUUACACUAAAGCUAUUGAUAUCUGGGCAAUAGGUUGCAUAUUUGCUGAAUUAUUAACUUCAGAACCAAUAUUUCACUGUCGUCAAGAGGAUAUAAAGACAAGCAACCCUUACCAUCAUGACCAGUUGGACAGGAUAUUUAAUGUCAUGGGAUUCCCUCAAGAGAAAGACUGGGAAGACAUCAGAAAGAUGCCGGAGCAUGCUACCUUAGUUAAAGAUUUUAAGAGAUCUAAUUACCAGAAUUGUUCCCUCAGUAAAUACAUGGACAGACAUAAAAUCAAACCGGACAGCAAAGCAUUCAGUUUGCUGCAAAGAUUGCUUCUUAUGGAUCCUAACAGAAGAAUAACGUCUGAGGAGGCAAUGCGAGAUCCUUAUUUCACUGAAGACCCACUUCCUACUCAGGACGUGUUUGCUGGCUGUCCCAUUCCUUAUCCGAAGAGAGAGUUCUUAACCGAUGACGAUCAGGAAGAUAAGAGCGACUCGAAAGCGAGACAGAACCAACAGCAACAGCCGAACACACAACAAAAUCAAGUACAACAAAAUAGCCACGAUCACGGUGCCAAUAAUGCUAAAAGAAUGAGAAUGACCGGUCCGAAUCAAGGUAACAACGCGGCAGGAGGGGGGCAACAGGAGUUCCACCAGCAACAACAAAUGAUGUUCGGUGGGCAACAACAGGGCGGCAGCUCGCAACAACAAGGCAACUUCCAACAGAGGUUUUAAAAUAUUCUGUGUAGGAGAUUUUAUAAUUAUGAAACUAGGAAAGGAUGUUGAAGGAAAUAUUUUGAUUAAACCUAAUGUACCUAAUUUUAUUUUUUAUUGUAUUCAAUACAUUAUUGGGUUUCCUUAAAACUCUUUUAGCUGAAAAUCAUCAAAACCCACCAGUAAAGUUGAAAUUUCUGUAGUAUGAUAAUAGUAUUAGAGUACAUUUUUUUGAAUAAGUCGGUUGUC